GGCAUAUCGUACUUCGCUAUAAAUAAUCGCUGUGUGUUGUAGAAAAUGUGUUGAUACAUAUUAUAAUAUUUCUGCGAAAAUCUAGAGAGGAACUUUGCUAGCUGUGGUGUUUCCUUGAUUAGCGAUUCACUUACGCACCGCCAGCGAAGAAGGCCAACGCAGGAGCUCCUGGCCAGUGACAAGAUCGCUCUUAAAAGAAAGCGAACGGAAAGCGGUAUAGUCUACGACUGAAUUAUUUCCAGCGCAAAAAAUAACUUCUAGAUGUUACAAGGGAUACGAAAUUCUCUUCAAGCUUAAACACCUGCUCUAUCUUCGGAAAACUUCGUGCUACAUCGGCGAGACUCGGUGAGGCUCCCGGAGUGAAAGAAGUUCCGCAGAGCAGUUACCAUCGCGGGCAUUUGGAGUUCCCCCGGCAGUCAGAAAAGGCAUGCAGGAGUGCAUGUUUCGAGCCGGCCCAGUGUAAAUAUUAGCUAGAAAAUGUCUCAAGUAAUUUUAUAUCUUUUAACUGAGCUGACUAGGAAGCUAAGGGAGCUGAUGUUUGCUUCUGGAGCUCACAAGAUGGCUCUUAAGCGCAAAGCUGAGGAUACUGAAUUCGAUUUUCGCCUAGACGAACCAGAUGCAAAGAGGGAGGCUUAUGGUCGCUCGCGCUUGCCAACUUUGGUGAAUGUCGACGGAUCCGGUCAGUGUAUUGCUGUUUUGACAAGCGGAGGAGAUGCACAAGGGAUGAAUGCAGCUAUCAGAGCAGUGGUACGAAUGGGUAUUUAUGCUGGAGCUAGAGUAUUCAAUGUUUGGGAGGGUUACCAGGGUUUGGUAGAUGGUGGUGAUAACAUUAAAGAAGCAAAGUGGGAAGAAAUGUCUGGAAUCAUUGAACUGGGGGGGACCGUGAUUGGAAGUGCAAGAUGCCAGGACUUCAGAUGUCGUGCAGGACGGCUGAAAGCUGCUAAGAACAUGGUGACUUUGGGAAUUACUAACUUGGUUGUUAUAGGUGGUGACGGCAGCUUGACAGGUGCUAAUCUUUUUAGGCAGGAAUGGCAGGGUCUACUGGAUGAGCUUGUUAAAACUGGCGAAAUUUCUGAGAAAAUGGCAAGGGAAAAAAAUUUUCUCAACAUUGUUGGAAUGGUUGGCUCAAUUGAUAAUGAUUUCUGUGGCACUGAUAUGACUAUUGGAGCAGACUCAGCACUUCAUAGAAUCUUUGAAGCAGUUGAUGCAAUCAUGACAACGGCCUCAAGCCACCAGAGGACAUUUGUUUUGGAAGUGAUGGGAAGACACUGUGGAUAUCUGGCUCUUGUUACUGGCUUAGGAGCUGGAGCUGACUAUGUCUUCAUUCCUGAGUGGCCUGUUGAAGAAGGUUGGGAAGACAGAAUGUGCAAGCAUUUGAAAAAGGUCAGGGAAAGUGGUCGUCGUCUGUGUGUUGUCAUUGUAGCUGAAGGAGCACAAGAUGUUGCUGGAAAUCCUGUGAAGUCUGAUCACAUAAGGGAGCUAAUCGAAACAAAUCUUCAACAUGACACACGAGUUACUAUUCUUGGACAUGUUCAGAGGGGUGGAGCUCCGUCAGCAUUUGACAGGAUCCUGUCCUGCCGCAUGGGUGCGGAGGCUGCCCUUGCUGUUCUGGAUGCCAAACCUGAAACAGCACCAUGUGUUAUCUGCCUAGAUGGCAAUAAACUCAGUAAGAGACCAUUGAUGGAAUGCGUAGAAAAGACUAUUGCAGUGAAGGAAGCAACCAAGGCAAAGAACUUUGAGGAAGUAGUCAAACUAAGAGGAAGAACCUUCAAGACUUGUAGCCACCAGAGGACAUUUGUUUUGGAAGUGAUGGGAAGACACUGUGGAUAUCUGGCUCUUGUUACUGGCUUAGGAGCUGGAGCUGACUAUGUCUUCAUUCCUGAGUGGCCUGUUGAAGAAGGUUGGGAAGACAGAAUGUGCAAGCAUUUGAAAAAGGUCAGGGAAAGUGGUCGUCGUCUGUGUGUUGUCAUUGUAGCUGAAGGAGCACAAGAUGUUGCUGGAAAUCCUGUGAAGUCUGAUCACAUAAGGGAGCUAAUCGAAACAAAUCUUCAACAUGACACACGAGUUACUAUUCUUGGACAUGUUCAGAGGGGUGGAGCUCCGUCAGCAUUUGACAGGAUCCUGUCCUGCCGCAUGGGUGCGGAGGCUGCCCUUGCUGUUCUGGAUGCCAAACCUGAAACAGCACCAUGUGUUAUCUGCCUAGAUGGCAAUAAACUCAGUAAGAGACCAUUGAUGGAAUGCGUAGAAAAGACUAUUGCAGUGAAGGAAGCAACCAAGGCAAAGAACUUUGAGGAAGUAGUCAAACUAAGAGGAAGAACCUUCAAGAGUAACAUAGAGAUGUUCAAAGUGCUGAAGGAAGUUGGACCGCCAGCAUCCAGCCAGUGUGAUGUGUCAGGGUCUUGCAAAUCUGGCUAUACCCUGGCAGUCAUUAAUAUUGGUGCCCCUGCUGGAGGCAUGAGCACUGCUGUACGCUCCUUUGUUCGGUUUUCACUCUAUCAAGGACACUCAGUACUGGGAAUCAGAGAUGGUAUCAACGGACUCUUGGAUGACAGGGUUGAGUUACUGGGAUGGCUGCAUGUUGACAGCUGGGCAGGCAUGGGUGGAUCAAAGCUGGGCACUACAAGAACAUUACCUUCCAAAAACUUACAGAAAGUUGUAGAGCAGUUUAUCAAGUACAACUUUCAAGGGCUGCUCGUCAUUGGCGGUUUUGAGGCCUAUCAUGCUGUUUUACAACUCGCCGAAGCACGUGAAAAGUUCCCUGCAUUCCGUAUUCCCAUGGUUAUCAUCCCUGCCACGAUCAGUAACAACGUCCCUGGUACAGACCUUAGUCUAGGUGUUGACACAGCUCUUAAUGUUAUCACCGAGAACUGUGAUCGCAUCAAACAGUCGGCCAGCAGCGCGACAAGACGAGUGUUUGUAGUAGAGUGUAUGGGCGGAUACUGUGGUUACCUGGCAACAAUGAGCGCCUUAGCUGGCGGCGCGGAUGCGGCUUAUGUCUUUGAGGAAAAACUGACGCUUAAGCAUUUGAAGACAAACAUCGAACAUUUAAUAGACAAGAUGAAAGGCUCUAUAAGGAGGGGACUUAUUAUAAGAAACGAGAAAUGCAGCGAAAAUUACUCCACUGAUUUUAUCGCGGCGUUGUACCGUGAAGAAGGCGAAGGACUGUUCACAGUCAGAACCAAUGUGCUUGGUCAUGUACAGCAGGGAGGAUCGCCGUCACCUUUCGAUCGGAUCCAGGCCACCCGACAAGCGACGCGGGCUGUAAACUGGCUCACGGAAAAGAUUGGUCAGAAUAUAACUGAUGAAGGAUUAGUUGAAACCUCAUCUCCAGACACAGCUUGUCUGCUGGGCAUCAAGAAAGCGGACAAUCCUUUUACGCCCGUUGAAACAUUGAAACUCGUUACAGACUUUCAGCAUCGCGUUCCCAGAGAUCAGUGGUGGUUAGAUCUGCGUUCUCUUCAGAAAAUCCUGGCCAGAUAUCACCAAAACUUCGAAUACCAUAGAGAGGACGACUUGUCGCCUCUCAAGUGAAGCGCUCGUGAUGUGCAGGUGUUUCUGUGACGCGUCCUGGCCUGCUGAUCACGUGGACUCGUGAACUGGAUUGUGAUUGCCAAAACGAGGCACGGUUAUAAACAGGCCGUUAAAGCAGACACGCAAAUGAAGUAACCGAAGUUAGGAUUAUUUUAAUUUCAUUUAACGUGUCUAAAACAAAGAUGUGAAUAUAUGUACAAGAAAAAAUGGUUCCCUGUGCUGAAGAGUGAAAAUUAUUCGUUAUUAUUAUUACUAUUAUUAUUAUAGGUAUAGUCUACAUUGUUCAUGGUGAAAUAUCUUUUGUUGUGCAGUGUUCGCUUAAGUCUUCAAGCCCCAGACCAAAAUUUAAAUUCACCUUACUCGUAGCAGUAUAGUUCUGAUUAUCUUGUUUGGAGAAUUUUGCAUUACAUGUAUGGUUUUGACUUUCUGAUUUUGAGAAUGAAGGUGUUUCGUUAAGAACGUCUCGAUCCCAGGCUCUCUCACCAAAGAAGAAAAGGAGGAAGAGGGCCUGGGAUCCAAGCUGUUGAAUAAUUAUUUCUCCUCUCGUCGAUGCCAGUAAAUAUGUUGUUCCCUCUGAAUAUGUUGAUAAGAGAAUUGUUGCUGCCUCUUAAAUUUUGAUCAGUUGAUAUGGCAACAACUGUAGAUUCAAUCACAUAACCAAACAAAGCUAGGCUGUUUUGUGUCUAUUUUAAAACUUGUGGACGGACGAGUGUGCUUUUGUCAUAGGUAGUUUCAUUGAAAAGGAUAUACGAUUUGUUUGAACUAGAUGCGAAUAGAAUGUGUUAAUUACUUCCCUACUGACUCCAUUGACUUUCAAAGAAGAGAAUAGAUAAAGGAUGACCACCAUGAAGAAAAGAGAAAAUAUUAUAUAUGAACUUUAGAACAGAUGUAUAGGAUUUAAACUCUUUAUCCUUCACAAAGCGUAGACUGUUGUCGUGAUAGUGCUGUAGUUGAAAGCUGUUUACAAAGAACUCUAAGCGUGUUAGUGUACCGGAACUAAAUUAUAUUUGACUGCAAGCAUGACUAACACGAUACAUGUGUAUAACUGCUAGUGUCAAUAAAAGAAAGAUAGUAGUACCUUAAAAAA